AUGGCGCCCUGGGCGCCUCUCGCCGCAACGGUCACUAGCUUCCUAUUUACCCGGAGUAGGAAUGGACUGGCCCGGAGCCGAAUCGCCUGGAAAGCAGCGGCAACUGAGCAGCGAACUGUAAUCGGGAGCCAGGUAUUAAGGUUAAUACAUAACACGAGCAAAUCACAAAAGAAAAAUGUUGCAACCUCAGGACGUGAAGAAUAUACAAUGGCUUUUAUCAAAAAACAGAUAGAAGAAUUCAACAUAGGAAAGAGACAUUUAGCCAACAUGAUGGGAGAAGAUCCAGAAACUUUUACCCAAGAGGACAUUGAUGGAGCUAUUGCCUAUCUCUUCCCAAGUGGCUUAUUUGCGAAAAGGGCCAGACCAAUUAUGAAGCAUCCUAAAGACAUUUUUCCAAAGCGUAGAGCAAUCCAAUGGGGAGAAGAUGGCCGUCCAUUUCACUUUCUAUUUUAUACUGGCAAGCCAUCAUAUUACUCAUUAAUGCACGAAGUAUAUGGAAUGAAAUUAGACCUGGAAAAACACUCAGAUCAGCUGAGAGCCAAAGGUCUAUUGCCUCAGAAAAAUAAACAAGACCUGAUUGGCAGCAGAUGGCUGAUUAAGGAGGAACUAGAAGAAAUGUUAGUGGAAAAACUGUCAGAUCAAGAUCAUAUGCGGUUCAUUCAGCUGCUUGAAAGGUUAUUGACAUUGCCAUGUGGUAGCACGGAAGAAGAAUACAUACACAAGUUUCGCAGAGCUAUACCUAUUCAGUCCAAAAAAGAGCUGAUUGAGCCUCUACAAUAUGAUGAGCAAGGAAUGGCCUACAGCAGUGGGGAAGGCAAAAGAAAAACUGCAAAAGCAAAAGUAAUAGUUUAUGAACAUGGAAGUGGAAGAGUAAAAGUGAAUGGAGUAGAUUAUUUGCUUUACUUUCCAGUAACACAGGACAGAGAACAGCUGAUGUUCCCAUUCCAUUUCCUCCACCGUCUUGGAAAGCAUGACAUGGAUUGCACAGUCUCGGGUGGAGGGAGAUCUGCACAAGCAGGAGCAAUUCGUUUAGCUACAGCAAACGCAUUAUGUAGUUUUGUCACUGAAAAUGAAGUAGAAUGGAUGAGACAAGCUGGUCUACUGACUCCUGAUCCUUGCGGAAGAGAACGGAAGAAACCAGGCCAAGAGGGAGCCCACAGGAAAUUCACCUGGAAGAAACGCUAAGUCUUAUUCAAAGAAAAAGAUUGACUCUGCUGGGCAGCACUUUUAGAAAUGUUUUGAUCUUUGUAAUUUAUUU